AUGACUUUCAAGGUUAAAAUCAAUGGAAUCUUUGAUCCUUGUUGCUUGAGUGCGAUCUAUCAUGCAAGUACCAAUGCCAACAGGAGUAAAAAACUCUGGAGGAGCCUAAAGAAUGUGCACAAUACUAUUAGUGGUCCAUGGGCUGUAUGCGGAGACUUGAUGUUAUCCUGGAUCUUUGAAGAAAAGAAAGGUGGUCGACCACACACUUUAGCUAAGAGUCUAGAUUUCAUGGACUGCAUGCAGGAAUGCGACCUGAUGGAUACUAUAUUCACUGGCAAUAAAUUUACAUGGUGUAAUGGGAGAAGGAGAAGAUGGAGAAUCAGUAAAAGGCUUGACAGAGUUAUUACUAAUGAUGAUUGGUAUCUGAAUUUCUGGUCAGAACAGGAAGGCUAUUCUGAUAUUAUUAAAGAAGUUUGGGAUCAGCAGAUAUAG